AUGUCUGGUUAUUUUUCAGGGUUUUCUCUAAACAAGAUCACCGAUUCAAUUGCCACCGCUGCUCACAAGACCCAAGACACUUUGAACAAUGCAUUAGCAAAUGCAAAUGUAAACUUAAAUGACCCUCAAACAAGACUAUCAAUCAAAUCGCGAACUAGAUUUGUUCAGGAAUCAUUGGGUACUGUAUCAGAUAUAAGUAAAUUACCACCACAGUACCAAUUCUUGGAGAAAAAAAGUGAUUCCUUAGAGAAGGUAUGUAAAAGGAUUCUACUGGUGUCCAAAACGUUCGAAGUAGAGGGCUACGACUAUCCACCAAAUUUAACGGAGAGUAUUUCGGAUUGGUGGUCUCUCAAUAAAGAUGGCUGGUUUGGCUCUAAAAAAUCCGAAAGUUCCACUAAAAAAAAGGGAUCUAACCAUGACGAUGCUUUUUUGCCAAGGUCUUUUGCUCAAGCCAUCUCAAAAGCCGCUGUUGACUGCGAAUGUGAAUUUCAAAAUUUAGAACACAACGAAAAGGCAGAACUAAAGAAGAAAAAGGAGUCUAUCAAAACUGCACAGACAACGGAAGCUCAGGGUGCCGACCAUAAUGAAGAAGACGAGGAAGAUGAAGAAGAUGAAGAAGAUGAUGAAGAUUUGUCUAAUUUGAUCAAAGUUUUCGAUUCGUGGUCGACAUGCUAUAAAAAUAUCGAUGAAGGGAAGGCAGAGAUGGAUUCUAUGAUGGUCAAGGAAUUCAACAAAAAAUUAGAAACAUUAAUAAACCAAGACUUCAAGAAGGUCCAUGACCUGCGCAAAAAAGUGGAAGAAUCAAGACUCAAAUUUGAUACAAUGCGUUAUGAAGUCAAAGCAAAAGAAGCAGAGUUAGAGGCGAAAAAAGCUGAAGCCACAGGAGAAGCACAUAGCAAGGAUGUUAGCGCAAAGGACAUUAGCGCAAACACUACCACCUCUUUUGACGAAACGCCUUCUACCGAGGAUGAAAAGCCAAAAUCAGAGGGUGCCGAAGAGGAAUCAAAGAAAGAAGCGAAUGAGCCUACUGUUGAUGACGUUGCUGAUAGAAAAGAAGAUUUAAAGAGUAACAAAGUAAAUGAUGAGCCACCGAUUGAAGAAUCUGAGGAUAAUAAAUUACUGGAAAAACUGGAGGAUGAAUUUGUCUCCAAUACUACAGCAGCAGUGGAAACAAUGGAAGAAAUCACUGACAGUUCUGAAAUUCUGGGCUUGAUAAAACUGUUCCAGAAUUUCCAGUUGGUUUACUUUAGACAAUGUGUCCAAGAAGUGGAGGCAAACCUUAAAGUUCUAAAUGGUUUGGAAAUUUAG